AUGACUAGGGUUCUUGCAGGUCCUUAUUGUACACAAAUAUUGGGAGAUCUGGGCGCGGAUGUGAUCAAAGUUGAACACCCGCAACGAGGGGAUGAUACUCGAGCUUGGGGGCCGCCAUUCGCGAAGUAUCAGGAUGCAUCCAAGAAGGGUCCAGGUGAAAGUGCCUAUUACCUUGCGGUCAACCGAAACAAAAAAUCCAUCGGCCUGUCAUUUGCACAUACAUCCGGGGUUGAAAUUUUGCAUAAACUGAUAAAGGAAUGCGACGUUCUCGUCGAAAAUUAUCUCCCAGGAAGUCUGAAGAAAUACGCCAUGGACUACGAGACCCUAAGCAAGAUCAAUCCCAAACUGAUCUAUGCCAGUAUAACAGGCUAUGGACAAACAGGCCCUUAUAGCAACCGAGCCGGCUACGAUGUCAUGGUGGAAGCAGAAAUGGGUCUAAUGCAUAUUACAGGUUCUAGAGAUGGACCUCCGGUCAAAGUUGGUGUUGCGGUGACGGAUCUGACGACCGGUCUUUAUACGUCGAAUGCCAUCAUGGCUGCUAUAAUUGCGCGUGGACGUACAGGGAAAGGACAGCAUAUUGAUGCGUGCUUGAGUGAUGUACAGGUUGCGACUCUUGCCAAUCUGGCGAGUUCGGCUUUGAUCAGUGGGGAGAAGGAUUCUGGUCGUUGGGGCACAGCUCAUCCAUCGAUCGUCCCGUACCGAAGUUACAAGACUCUCGACGGUGACAUUCUCUUCGGCGGCGGUAACGAUCGACUGUUCGGCGUACUUAGUGACCGGCUCGGACACCCUGAGUGGAAAACGGAUGGCCGCUUCUUGAAAAACAGUAACCGGGUUGAAAACCGAGUCCAGCUCGAUGGCAUGAUUGAGGAAAUCACAAAGACAAAAAGCACGCAAGAGUGGCUUGAGCUUUUCGAAGGCAGCGGAAUGCCAUAUGCCGCUGUAAAUGACAUUCAGGGAACACUGAAUCACGAGCAUGUACGAGCUCGUGGCAUGGUUACAGAAAUCGAACAUCCAGAAUGCGGACCCAUGAAACUUGUAAAUACGCCCAUCAAAUACUCCCAUGCCCAACCAGGCGUGCGCACGCCGCCUCCUACGUUAGGUCAACAUACCGAUGAAGUACUGCAAGGCUUGUUGAAUUACAGCGAAGAUGAAGUCCUUUCGAUGAAGAAGGAGGGAAUCAUCUCAUAG